AUGGAGAAUAGGGAGCAGAAAGGGCCUGUUGUUGCAACCUUGAAUCCUCAGAAUUCUGGCCGCUGCACAUCAUGGGGCCCAUCAUAUGGGGGCUCCAGCAACCCACAAGUGAAGGGUGCAAGCUCCCUGCACAUGUCCACAUACAGUGAACCCCCCUCCUGGGAUCCACUUAAUGAGAAGGUGAUGGAAUUGGUGCAACUUAUGAUCCUCAAGUAUCGUUUGAGGGAGCCCAUUACAAGGGCGGAAAUGCUGAAGGUUUUUUUAAAGGGUUACCGGAGGCGAUUUCCUGUGAUAUUUAAGAAAGCUUCUAAAUGCUUAGAGGUGAUCUUUGGCAUUGAAUUGAAGGAGGUGGACCCUACUGUCCACUCAUACAUCCUUGUCAACUCACUGGGGCUCACCUAUGAUCACAUGCUUAGUAACAACCAAAGUAUGCCUAAAAUCGGUCUUCUGAUAAUCAUCCUGGGUUUGAUCUUCUUAGAGGGUAACUGCGCCCCGGAGGAAAAUAUCUGGGAUUUCCUGAAUAUGGUAGGUGUGGGUGUUGGGAGAGACCACUUCCUUUGUGGAGACCCUUGGAUGCUUCUCACCAAGGAAUGGGUGCAGGAGAAUUACCUGAUAUACCGGCAGGUCCAGAACAGUAAUCCUCUGCGCUAUGAAUUCUUGUGGGGUCCAAGAGCUCUUGCUGAAACCAACAAGAUGAAAGUGCUGGAAUUUUUGGACAAGAUCAAGGGAACUGACCCCAUUUCCUACUCUUUAUGGUAUGAGAAGGCUGUAAGAGAUGAGGAAGAGAGAGCCAGGGCCAGAUUUGUCCCCACGGAGAGCACCUCUCCUUUGUCCACUUCACAGCGUUAG